GCUGCGGGGGCUACGUCCUUACCAUCGGGUGUGCGCGGGCGGCGCGGCGGUGGGCCGGGCAGGACUGCUUCUUGGGGUGGGUAGCUCCCCGAGAACUGUGGCGAUAAACACUGGCUCAGCUUGGGACCUCGGGCGCUGACAGGAGGCGAGGCGGGGCGCGAAGGGGCAGUGUGAGCCGUGAGCCCCCGCUGAACCCAGGCUCUGGCGAGCUGCUGCGAUGUUGGCCUGGAGGUUAACUGCAAGUGACUUUGGUUUUGUUUACUUCGUGCCUUUCAGUAUUAUUCUUCAUUGAUUUGUGAAUUUUGAAAUGACCCAGAGUGACCAUUUUUGAGGUAUCUACAUGCAAUGAUGUACAGUUCGGUGAAUUUUGGCAAAUGCAUACCCCUUGGGGACCUUCACCACAAUCAGUGACAGAACAUGCCCCUCAGAAUUGCAGCUGGCGGAAAUUCCUUCUCCUUAUCUUCGUCUUGUCUGAUCUAGAGCUUCAUAUAAGUAGAAUCACUGAAGUGUACUCUUCAAAUGGCUUCUUUCCCAAAAUGAUGGACGUGUGUGUGUUUUACUGGAGAUUGAACCCAGACCCUUCACGCAGAGCUCCAUCCCUGGCCCUUUUAAUUUUUGAAAUAGGACAACAUGAUGUUUUGAAGAUUGAUUCAUGUUAUGUAUCAAUAACAUUGCUUCUUAUUGUGAAGUAGCCACUGUCAGCCGGGUAGGAGUUCUGUUGCCAGUGUGGUUGCCAUGGACACAGCAAAGUGCUGCUUUUCCUUGGACUCACCUUCCGCAUGGUGAACUGAGGCCUCCACUUCUUGAGCACUUGCUAGAACUGAGGCCUUGGGCUUGACAAUGUUUUCAUUUAACCCACAGCAGCUGUGUACAUUCUGAUAGGAACUCAUUGCUCAGAUGAGUAAUCAGGCGUAGAAAAAUUUGGUAAUUUGUUCAAAGUCAGGCAGUACAGUUGGCUAUGGUGGCUCAUUCCUGUAAUCCUAGCACUCUGGAGGCUGGGACAAAAAUUUGAGGCCAGUCUGGGCUACAGAAUGAGUUCAAGGCUGGCCUCCAAUACAUGGCAGAGCCAAGGUUUGCACCGAGCAGGAUGUGGCAGACUCGAAGUAGAAGGACACGUGGGGCUGGGACCAGGUGUGUCCUCUGAGCAGGGAAAUCCAGCAUGGGGCCUAGAGGUCACCAUCCUGGAGAGGCAGGUGUUCGACUUCCUGGGCUACCAGUGGGCGCCCAUCCUGGCCAACUUUGUCCACAUAGUCGUGGUCAUUCUGGGGCUCUUUGGCACCAUCCAGUACCGGCCGCGCUACAUCGUGGUGUAUGCUGUGUGGGCAGCUGUCUGGGUUACCUGGAACAUCUUCAUUAUCUGCUUCUACCUGGAAGUGGGGGGCCUCGCCAGGGACAGUGAGCUCCUAACCUUCAACCUCUCCCAGCACCACUCCUGGUGGCAGGAGCAUGGGCCGGGCUGUCUGCAUGAGGGGACGUCCUCAGCUGGCCUCAGGGCCUUGCACAGCCGCGCGCUGGUAUCGGGUGCUGGCUGUGCUCUGGAGCCCAGCUUCGUGGAGGCCCUACACAGUGGCCUGCAGAUCCUGUUGGCGCUCCUGGGCUUCAUCUGCAGCUGCUAUGUGGUCAGCGUGCUUACAGAGGAAGAGGACAGCUUUGAUUUCAUUGGUGGAUUUGAUCCAUUUCCUCUGUACCAUGUUAAUGAAAAGCCAUCCAACCUCUUGUGCAAGCAGGCGCAUUUGCCUUCGUAAGUGAGAUGGCAACUAACGCCACCCCUCGGACCUCCAACUUCAACCAUUGCCAGCAACACCUUCCCUCAGCCCUGGGACACUGCUGCCUUCUGCCUGCCCUGCACUCUGCAGGUGGCCACCAGGAAGUGCUCACGUCACCUGGGAACCAGCCACACAGCAUGGCCAGGAAACCGCAUUCCCAGUCUCCUUGGGCAGUGCUGGCAUUUCAUCUCCAUCCACAGCAGGACCUGGCUGUUUCCUGAGGAGGAGGAUCCCCCACUUGAGUGUCUUGCCCUGGGGUGGCUGGAGCCACAGGCCGUAGCCCUGCUGCCAGGGGCAGGCAGCCCCACCAGGAAAUCCACAAAAGCCAUUCUGACCCUUCAAGGCCUGGAUUAGACACUGCGAACUGCCCUGUAUCAAGCAUUCACCCUGGCAGAACCCCAGGCCCACAGGAUGAAGCCCCUGGUGCUCAGCUAGGAGCCCUACUCCUCCCAAGCUAUGGGCUAAGCACAAGGGAGCGCUGAGGGCACGCAGAGCAUGAGGCUCUUGUGACAGUGGGUGGCACUGUUCAGAAAGAGAGACCUCAGGCAAAUAGUCCCGAAGGUGUCCACAAGGAACUAAAUAAAAAGGCCAUGGCCAGGGCCCACCCUUCCCUGGGAUGUGGAGCUCAGUGGGUAGCACAUUCUGCAAGACUGUGGAAGGGAGGGGAGGGAAGCAGGAAGCGGGCAAGAGUUGAGAAGCGGCCUGGAGAAGGUGGUGAAGUGGGGAUCCGUGAGUAGGGUGACAUCUGGGUUCUGGAACACAGCCAGAGCUGAGCAGCAUCCAGAGGAAAGGCUUUACCUUAUUUAUUUUCACAAGUAUCCAAACAAACCAGGCUGGGUGCUGCACACUUGUAAUACCAGCAUCUGUGAAACUAAGGCGGAAGGAUCACAAAUUUCAUCCCAGUCUGGGUAACUUCAUGACUUAAUGAGAUCCUGUCUCCAGAUUUUAAAAAAAGUUUGUUUUGUUAAGAACCGAGGGUGUAGCUCCUGCAAAGGCCCUGGGUUCAACCCUCAGUAAAACACACAUACACACACACACACAUACAUUCACGCACACUCAGGCAGCUGCAGUACAGCCUCUCCCCAGGCCUAGCAGGUCCCAGGGCUGGGCAGUGGUGGAUGACAGCCCUGUUUCCUCAGCAGAUGCCUUGUGUGAUCUGGGACAGGCCGAGCCCCUGGGUGCCAGCUGGUGGUCCAUCUGGUCAGCCACAGUGCCUGCCUCGACGGGGAGCAGAAGGCACAAUGAGUCCAGGCUCCUCCAAGACAUCAAGGGCUCCACACAGGAGAGGGAGAAGCCAGGCAGACACUGCAGCCUCUGCCAGUUGUGGCCGUGCUCGAAAUUCCUGAAACUAGAAUGUCCACGUGGUGCUCGCACAGUUAAAAAGCAGGGAGCCCCAAAUACCUGUUACAUGUACAUUCCAAAAAUCUUAGGAACAUGGAGGACAUAGAGCAAAAGCUCCCACUGGGACCUGCUCUGUGGGGAGCCCCAGCAUAUCCCUGGGUUUGGUGUAGCCUCGGGGCUUUGCAGUCGGAGCAGCAGGUGUGGCCAGCACAGCUCCAGCUCUGAAUUUACACAGGCUUCAGCAUGGAAGGCAGAUGCCUCCGCCCCUUCUGCCUGCUGUGUGCUUUCAGGCGGCCCUGCACACUGGUUGUGCUGUCUGCCUAGUGUCUCAUUCUGUGUUGCACCUCAGGUUUUAGAUAAGGAAGCCCCACGGGAACCCAGAGGGCUCAUGGAGACCACUUGUCCUGAGAGACCUGACCAUCCAGGCUUCUGGGGAGGAGACACCUGAGGAAGGGGGUUCCUGGGUCAGGCUGCCCGGAUCCACGGGAUUUUGCUGCUGCAGCCAGGGGAGAUCCUGCCAUCACAGGGGCUGGGGGGCAAGUGAGAGCCAGCCCACUGAGGCAGGUGAAGAUACCCUUCUCCUGGACACACCCUCCUGGCAGCUUCAUUGCCCCACAGCUGCAUGCCACACGAACAAAUUCCUGCUCUGAAGCUGCAUGUGGUGUCAUUUGAAUUCAUUCUAGUUCUCCUUGAAGGUGGCCAGGGCCAAGUCCCCAGGGCCGUGGGCAGACCAGCCAGACAUAUUGCUGUGCUACGCUGGGGUCUCAGGAGGGAACUCCAGAGAAAUACAUCUUCAAGGCCUGAGGCAUCACCCUCAGAGUCUCCAGCAAUGCUCUAUGAAUCAUUAGCACUGUAGUAUAAACUAGUCUCAACUUUUUCAGAGGUGUGUUGGGAAAGCCUGAGAUUAAUCUGGAAUAAGAGACAGGGCUGAACCAGAGCUUGAGAGGGUCCAAAUGCUGGGAGCUAAGAGGAGGGCAGAUUUUCUUUCAGAUAGAUGCUACUUUGCUUUAGGGGACCCUGGAAGGGCCCUAACUCAAAUUGUGCCAAUCCUGGCUCUCCAUGCACAGCAUAAGACUCAAAUGGGGUCUCACAGUUGCCCUCUGAGUUAGACACGGAACUCAGCACCAUUUCACAGUGAGGAAACUGAGGCACAGGAGGCAGGCUGGGCUUGCUGCAAGCUGAGAGG